AUGGAGCUCAACGAGAAAACUUAUGAUGGGGCAAAUGGCUUUAGCAAUGUAGCCUUUCAGCUUGAUGAACACCGUUCAAUUCCUCUGGAUAAAUAUGAUGAUGGAGUCUCAAAAGAUAAAAGUUACCUUGAAAUGAAAUAUGAUGCGGCAUGUACCUUCUGCAGGAAACAUAAAACUAUAAUUAAAUAUGUACUCUAUGGCAUUUUGUUGGCAGGUUUCCUGGCACUGGUGAUUGCAGCUUGUGUGUUAAACUUCAGAAGAGCGUUGGCUCUCUUUGUACUUACCGUACUGGUCAUCUUUUUUGUAUGCUGGGAUUUAUUUAUUGAUAGAUAUGAAGGCAAAAUUGUGACAUUCUUCUCACCAGUUGGGGCAUUCCUUAAGAAACAAUGGUUUUGGCUGAAAUGGGUGAUAUGGCUAAGCCUUGUUGCUGCCAUUAUAUUUUGGCUUAUUUUUGACACUGCGAGAAUGGGAAGCAAUCAGCUAAUUUCCUUUGGUGGCCUGGUGAUGUACAUUCUCCUAAUGUUUGUGUUCUCUAAACACCCAACUAAGGUCAACUGGCGACAAGUUUUUUGGGGCAUUGGGUUACAGUUCCUUCUAGGACUUCUGAUCCUAAGAACAAAGCCAGGGUUUGAUGCCUUUGAUUGGCUUGGGAUUCAAAUGCAGACCUUCCUGGAAUACUCAGACACAGGGUCGAAAUUUGUAUUUGGUGAAAAGUUUUUGGACCAUUUUUUUGCUUUUAAGGUCCUACCGAUUGUGAUAUUCUUCAGCACGGUCAUGUCAAUGCUAUAUUUUCUUGGCUUCAUGCAGUGGCUCAUUAAAAAGGUUGGAUGGGUAAUGCAAAUAACUAUGGCAACAACUCCAACUGAAUCUCUAGUUGCAGCAGGAAAUAUUUUUGUGGGCCAGACUGAAUCUCCGCUUCUGAUUAGGCCAUACCUGGAACAUUUAACCAAAUCAGAAAUCCAUGCUGUGAUGACUGCUGGUUUUGCUACAAUUGCAGGGAGUGUACUGGGAGCAUACAUUUCAUUUGGAGUGUCCUCCUCACACUUGUUAACGGCUUCUGUCAUGUCUGCACCAGCAGCACUUGCAGUAGCCAAGUUAUUUUGGCCGGAAACAGAGACUGUAAAAAUUAAUAUGAAGCAAGGUCUUCAGCUGGAGAAAGGGGAUGCAAGAAACAUUCUUGAAGCUGCGAGUCAAGGAGCUUCUGCUUCAAUCCCUUUGGUAGCAAAUAUAGCAGUGAAUUUGAUGGCCUUCCUGUCAUUGCUAGCCUUUUUCAAUGCUGCCCUCUCCUGGCUGGGAAAUAUGUUUGACUUUCCACAGUUGAGUUUUGAGAUAAUAUGCUCCUAUAUCUUUAUGCCAUUUUCCUUCAUGAUGGGUGUGGAUUGGGAAGACAGCUUCAUAGUUGGCAAACUUAUAGGAUACAAAACCUUUUUUAAUGAAUUUGUUGCAUAUGAAUACCUGGCUGGGCUGAUUACAAAGAGGAAGAAUAAUGAACCACUGUUCAUUGAUGGAGUGAAGCAGUAUAUGUCGAUACGAUCAGAAACUAUUGCAACAUAUGCCUUAUGUGGAUUUGCAAAUUUUGGCUCGUUGGGAAUAACAAUUGGAGGACUAAGCUCCAUGGCUCCCAGCAGAAACAGUGAUAUUGCCGCAGGUGCUAUCAGAGCUAUGAUUGCUGGAACAGUGGCUUGCUUCAUGACAGCUUGUAUUGCAGGAAUAUUAUCUCCACCAGUAACACAAGGAUCAUGUUUUGAUAUGCUAGAAAAUUCCUUCCUCAAUUCCACAGCUUUCCCUGCUAACUCACCGGAAUUAAUUGACUGCUGCUUGACCUUAUAUGAACAGGUGGCUACCAAUGGUCCAUCAAAUGUCACCAUUGCUGGGAACUACAGUAUGGCUUCAUUGUCUGGUUGCUGCCAACUAGUAACUUCACCAUCUUUUAACUGUUCUUGGUUUGCAUAGACUAGCUGAUGAAAUAUUCCUAUAUAAAUGCACAUGUA